AUGGGGACAACUACAUCUCAAGAUUUAAUAAAGAUAAAUGGAGGACUUAGUGAUGUUCCAACAUGGGCUAUUGUUGUAACUUCAAUACUAAGUAUUCUCUUAGUAUGUACACUUGCUGGGUUUUUUAUAUUAUUUUGUAGAGAAAAGGAUAAAGCAAAAACUCGGGAGAGAAUUGAAAGACAAUUUAGAGCGGUUGAAACUAGGAAACUUGCAAGAUAUCUUCAACAACUUAGAGAAAGGAUGGCAAUGAGACAAAAUUGUCAUCAUAUGCAUUCUCAUCCACAUAUACCACAUGGAUAUCCUGUUGGACUUCCUCCUUCUCCUCCUCCUCAUCCUACCCCACCUUCACCUCCACCACCUCAUACUCCUAUUCCAAUGUCAAUGCGCUCCAAUGAAUUACCAGUUACACCUAUCUCUUCUAAUGCUCCUUUAAAUUCUCAUUCUAUGUCUAAAUUUGAUAAUAGGCAUCAUAGACAAGGUAAACAACCACAAACUAAUGAUGCUCCAAUUGUAUUUGGUAUGGGAGUACCUCCUCCACAAUCUUUUGGUAUACAAGGAGUUCAAAGAUCUCAUUUACCCUUAAAUCCUCUAGUAAAUACUCAUGGUACAAUGACUGUUCAUAUCCCAAGUCCAGAUCUAAUUCCAGAAGGUCCACCACCAAUACCACCCCCAGGAUUUGUUACUGUCCCAGUAAUAUUAAAAGAUACAGUUACAGGUAGACCAAGAUAA